AAAAAAACGCUCUCCAUCUCAACCAAGUGGUUUUGAGCCACCUGUUAAUUCACAAUGGCUGCUGAUGUGCAGCCGAUCGCCCAGGUCAAACUGCCUUCGCGGCCGUCAUCUCUCACACCAGAACAGAAAUACUGGCGGUCUUUCAAGUCGCCGCUGAACAUUCCCUCCCCAACCAAGCAUGCGAUCACACACGUCUCGCAGCCAGAACCACACGCCUCUGCCCAAUCCUCCCCAGACUUCUUCGCUGUGACAACCGGUGCUAGGAUUCAACUCUAUUCUCUAAAGACCCGGAAACUCCUCAAGACCAUUACCCGCUUCGAUGAUACAGCUUACAGCGGCGAGGCCAGAUACGAUGGGCGUGUCCUUGCAGCAGCAGACGAGACGGGUACAAUUCAAGUGUUCGAUGUGAAUUCGAGAGCGAUUUUAAAAACAUGGAAGGAGCAGAAACAGGCAGUCCACAAUGUGAGAUGGAGUCCAAGGGAGAGUACGUCGCUCAUGAGUUGCGGCGACGACAGGACUGUGAGACUAUGGGACCUUCCCAGUGAGAGCAGUGUGGGAGUCUUCCGCGGCCACCAGGACUACGUACGGAGCGGCUCGUUCUUGCCCGGCCAAUCUGGCAACCUGAUUGUUUCUGGGAGUUAUGAUCAAACCGUGCGACUCUGGGAUCCGCGUACCCCCGACGGAGCUGUCAUGAGUUUCAAGCACAUCGCUCCUGUUGAAGAUGUCCUCUGCAUGCCAACAGGGACCACGCUUCUCGCUUCCGCCGACAAUCAGAUUGCGGUGUUGGAUAUCGUUGCAGGCAAACCAUUGCACAUGAUCAGGAAUCACCAAAAGACAGUUACGUGCUUGCGAUUGGCAUCGAACAAUACGAGACUCGUCACUGGAGGUCUCGAUGGACAUAUGAAAGUAUUCGAGACCACCGGCUGGAAUGUCGUCGCCGGUUCUAAAUAUCCUUCACCGAUUCUCUCUUUGGAGGUUGUUUCAUCUGGUACUCCACGUGAAGACAAGCAUGUCGUAGUGGGCAUGUCUACGGGCCAAUUAAGCAUCAAGACUCGACUUUCUGGGGAGCAGAAGGUGAAGGAGCGGGAGAGACAGAAACAAAUGGAAGCGUUGUUGGCUGGCAAAAUUGACGAAUACGAUAGAAAGCAAGCCAAGAAGCGCCCCAGAGGAUUGGAGAGGCGGCUGCGAGGUCGGGAUUACACCGGCGAGGAUGCUGAUAUCAUCGUCGAGGGCAACGUUCGCAGCAGGCCGAAGAAAAUCGCCGCCUGGGAGCGAGAAUUGCACAAAGGCAGAUACAACAGCGCUCUAGACCUUGCUGUGUCGGCCGGCGACAAAAUCACCGUUGUCACAGCUCUCAACACCCUUCGCUAUCGAUCUGCACUGCGCGCUGCUCUCGAAGGCCGCGAUGAGACACAGCUCCAGCCUAUCAUGAGCUGGGUUUCGAAAAACAUGUCGAAUUCGACCUUUGUCCCACUUUGCGUCGAGGUUUCCAUGACCAUUAUGGAUUUGUAUUCCAAACACCUAGCUGAAAGCGAAGCUCUUACUCGACAAGUCAACAAAUUGCGGGAAAAGGUGCAAGAUGAGGUCAACCGAGCGAAGCUGGCGGGAAUGACAAGGGGAAUGCUGGAACUUUUGACCCCGGUGACCGUGAGUUAGGGUUGUGCGUGUGUUUGGGAUUGUCUAUUCUUGCUCAGGGUCAUCCUUUUCUCUCCUGCAAGGACUCUUUGCGACCCAAAAAGACGCUUUGUUGUGUACACUCACAUAUCGGGAUAUGUGCUCCCUCUGUCUCGCCAUCUCAUCCAGGAUCUCCGCUGAAAGGGUGACCUGUUUUGACUUGGACCCACGCUGAUAUCCUGUCUUGGAAUCGCCAUCUCGACUACGUGGGAACCCGGAGACUUGCCCCCAAAUUACGUCGUUUCAAGCAGCAACUGACUGUACAAAGUAUGGGUGUCGGCCAACCGGGUCUCGAAGACGAAUUUUUGGGUUGAACCAAUGUGGAUAACUACAAACACAAACGGCUGGCUGAUCCGCUGUAGCCUCAGAACGUAAUGGGAUGAAUGAGACACCAGGGAGACUUGGUGGCUCGACGACCCGAAGCAUCCAGUGAGCGGAUCUUGGUAUCGUCCAGAUGGAAAUCACUCUGCGGAAAGCGGAAACUAUUACAGCCAGAGAGCACACACGCCAUGUGUAUGAUGAUCAAGAUGAUGUCCCGUGGCCCUGUUUCCGACGGAAAAUUCUUCCCCCCUUCCUUGGGCGAAGAGGACGGCUCUCCCUCCAAAUGGGAAUGACCAGGCGACGAGCGCAUGUCCAGUGGUCAGUUACGCAAGACACUUUUCUGCGCUCGACGCCCCUUUCGAAACCGAUAUCCUCCUAUUCCCCCAGGACACGAAAGUUAUGUCUCCGUGGAAGUUGCACGUUGACACGACACGCGCCUAGAACCCCCCAAGAUCCGACAACACACGGAAGGCGAGGAGAGUACCAUAAUUUAGAAGUCGACGAGGCAGAAAAUGGAAUGCUGUUGGUUGAGCGCCGGGGUCCAAAGGCAGUUUUGGGAGGUUGGACUACCACUGUACAUAAUGCCCGUCGUCAUUACGGAAUUGACGGACAAAAUGAAAAAGCCAGAGUGAUCUUCAAAUAUUUUCGAAACGUCCGUCACAUCGGCAUGUAAACGUCGCC